AUGGAGAAAGAGAAGGAUACAAGCAGUCACAGAGAUAAGAGACAGAGAGGCAAAGAAACACUCAAAUCUCCACGUCUAGAGAUGGAGGAGAGCUUUGGAAAAGCGUUGCAGGAGAUUGCAUCAACAGAAGCAUUUGCCCAAUUGUGGGAAUCAGGUGCAAUUGAAGAGGGAAUGAGAAAAAUACAAGACAGAAUCAAGUGUGGGUCUUAUGCUCUUUCUCCUCCUCAACUCAAUGCAGAUCUGCAAGAGCUCUGUAACAGUGUAAGAGAAAUUGGUGAAAGAGAAGACGACCAACUUAUACAGUGCAGUAAUAAGAAUUGUGGCUUCAAGUAUUACCUUACAAGAUGUAUGAAACCUCCAUUGGGUUCUGCUCCGUUGCCUGGUGUAACAUGGUACUGCCCUUCAUGUCUGUGUAGAGAAUGUUUUCUGCUUGAGAAUAAUGCUCCAACUAUUCUUUGUAGUGGUUGCAGUGACUGCUAUCAUACCCAAUGUGUGCAACCUCCUCCAGAGGGAAACUGGUUUUGUGUUCCUUGUGUGGAAUGGCAGAACAGAUUGUUGAACUCCCCAGAUGGUGCAAUUAAGGAAGCUAAUAGGAGAAGUGUACGUUCAAAAAGGAAAAUACCAUAG